AUGGCUGGCGUCGGUGCCUUCGCGGCAGCGGGUGCCUUGAGCGGUGCCUUCGUGGCGCCGGCUGGCCAGGUGCAGCACAGCGAGCCGCAGAUGCAGAGGACCAACCUCCGUGCCGCCGGCUAUGGCUCCUCUCAGGCCACCGGUGUUGGUGCCAUGGCUGGCCUCGGUGCCGUGGCUGGUCUGGCUGCAGCAGGUGUGGCUGGCAAGCGAGCCAGCAAGGGACGCACCUCCAUGCAGGCCGUGGGCGUUGGCAUCAAUGGCUUCGGCCGCAUCGGCAGGCAGGUGGCUCGCAUCGCCAUGAAGGAUCCGGAGACCGAGCUCAAGCUCAUCAAUGCCAGCUAUGAUGCCGACUACCUGGCUUACAUGAUGAAAUAUGAUACGAUCCACGGCAAGUACGAUGGAACGGUGGAGGUUGACGGCGACUCCCUGGUCAUUGACGGCCUUAUCCCCUUCGGCGAGCAUGGUGCUGAGUACGUUUGCGAGUCCACCGGCGUAUUCCUGACCACUGAGAAGGUGCAGCCCCACUUGAAGGCCGGUGCCAAGAAGGUGAUCUUCUCCGCUCCCGCAAAGGAUGACUCCCACACCAUCGUCAUGGGCGUGAACGAGGACACUUACGACCCGUCCAUGGAGGCCGUGUCCUGCGCUUCUUGCACUACCAACGGCCUGGCCCCAGCCGUGCGUGUCUUGCAGGAGAAGUUCGGCAUCAAGCGCGGCCUAAUGACCACUUGCCAUGCCAUGACCGCUUCUCAGCCCACCGUGGAUGGCACCUCCAAGAAGGACUGGCGGGGCGGCCGCGCAGGCCCUGGCAACAUCAUUCCGAGCUCCACCGGCGCUGCCAAGGCAGUGGCGAAAGUGAUUCCUGAUGUGAAGGGCAAGCUGACCGGCAUGGCCCUGCGCGUGCCGACUAUCGAUGUUUCCGUGGUCGACCUCACCGUGGAAUUGGAGAAGGAGACCACCUACGAGGAGAUCUGCGCCGAGAUGAAGAAGCGGUCUGAGGGAGACAUGAAGGGCUAUUUGGGCUACACGGACGAGGCCCUCGUAUCCACGGACUUUGAGACCAACCCUAUUUCCUGCACUUUCGACUCCAAGGCUGGAAUCAUGCUGGACCCCACCUUCGUCAAGGUGGUGUGCUGGUAUGACAACGAGUUUCGGCCCUUCGUGAACGCUUUCUUCAGUCUGGAGUGGGGCUACAGCUGCCGAGUCGUCGAUCUGAUCAAGCACAUGGCGAAGGAGGUUCGAAUAAGGCCCGUCGUUGUGCAGAUCCUGGAAAUCAUGCCUUCCACCGCCACCAAUGUUGCCAUGGCUGGCGUCGGUGCCUUCGCGGCAGCGGGUGCCUUGAGCGGUGCCUUCGUGGCGCCGGCUGGCCAGGUGCAGCACAGCGAGCCGCAGAUGCAGAGGACCAACCUCCGUGCCGCCGGCUAUGGCUCCUCUCAGGCCGCCGGUGUUGGUGCCAUGGCUGGCCUCGGUGCCGUGGCUGGUCUGGCUGCAGCAGGUGUGGCUGGCAAGCGAGCCAGCAAGGGACGCACCUCCAUGCAGGCCGUGGGCGUUGGCAUCAAUGGCUUCGGCCGCAUCGGCAGGCAGGUGGCCCGCAUCGCCAUGAAGGAUCCGGAGACCGAGCUCAAGCUCAUCAAUGCCAGCUAUGAUGCCGACUACCUGGCUUACAUGAUGAAAUAUGAUACGAUCCACGGCAAGUACGAUGGAACGGUGGAGGUUGACGGCGACUCCCUGGUCAUUGACGGCCAGAAGGUGGCCUUGUCCCACACCCGCGAUCCCGCUGAGAUCCCCUUCGGCGAGCAUGGUGCUGAGUACGUUUGCGAGUCCACCGGCGUAUUCCUGACCACUGAGAAGGUGCAGCCCCACUUGAAGGCCGGUGCCAAGAAGGUGAUCUUCUCCGCUCCCGCAAAGGAUGACUCCCACACCAUCGUCAUGGGCGUGAACGAAGACACUUACGACCCGUCCAUGGAGGCCGUGUCCUGCGCCUCUUGCACUACCAACGGCCUGGCCCCAGCCGUGCGUGUCUUGCAGGAGAAGUUCGGCAUCAAGCGCGGCCUAAUGACCACUUGCCAUGCCAUGACCGCUUCUCAGCCCACCGUGGAUGGCACCUCCAAGAAGGACUGGCGGGGCGGCCGCGCAGGCCCUGGCAACAUCAUUCCGAGCUCCACCGGCGCUGCCAAGGCAGUGGCGAAAGUGAUUCCUGAUGUGAAGGGCAAGCUGACCGGCAUGGCCCUGCGCGUGCCGACUAUCGAUGUUUCCGUGGUCGACCUCACCGUGGAAUUGGAAAAGGAGACCACCUACGAGGAGAUCUGCGCCGAGAUGAAGAAGCGGUCUGAGGGAGCUGGAAUCAUGCUGGACCCCACCUUCGUCAAGGUGGUGUGCUGGUAUGACAACGAGUUUCGGCCCUUCGUGAACGCUUUCUUCAGUCUGGAGUGGGGCUACAGCUGCCGAGUCGUCGAUCUGAUCAAGCACAUGGCGAAGGAGGAUGCCAAGGCAUAA